AUGGAGCUGCUGGUCCGUCGCGCGGCGUCGGCGCGCGCACUAGCGCCUGGCCACGUCCUCGUGGCCACCUACCGCUCGAAGCGUAGCCAAGCGAAGCGUGACGCUGCUCGAGGUGAAAGCAGAGACGUUCCGCUUGCCAACGAGACGAAGAAAACACGAAGAGACCAGCGUCGAGUGCAUCGCAAGAGCGAUCGUCAUGUCGCUGGCUUGCCCACAGAGAAGCUGAAGCGUCCGACGCUGCAGGACAUCGACCAAGAGUGGGCGAAGAUGCGUGUACGCACCAUGACCGUCCCGCCUGCCGUGAUGCCGGCACGCGCGCGCAAAGAGAUUGAGAACAAGCGACGUAUGCGGCGUCUUGGGCUGCUACCGGACGAUCCCGAAGGAGACAAUGAUGAUGGUAUGAUCGGCUUUGACCCGCGUAAUGUGGGAUUCGUGGGUCGUCGACAGCCGUACAAUCAUGAGGCGGCCGAGUCGGACUAUCGCAGCAGUAGUCGACCGUCCAGGGCCGAGAAGGAGGCGGACGCAGAAAGGUACCGACUGACAGGACGGCUUCCAGCGAGACGCCCUGUGUCCAGAAAGGAUAAGCAGUUUACGAACAUUCAGUUAGCACCGGACAAUGUCGUGGAACGCGAGUUUUUGAUUCCCGAUGAGCCCGCGUGCCCCAAGGCCUUGGACCUAGCAGUUAUUGGUCGGCCGAAUGCAGGCAAGUCUUCAAUCAUGAACAGUUUGCUGAACGUCACGGUGUCAGCUGUGUCGCCCAAGUACAAUACGACGCGGGACCGUGUCCUGGGUAUUUUUACAGCUGGUGAUGCGCAGCUCUCGUUCUACGAUACGCCUGGACUAAUUAAACCGAAGGAAACACAUGAGUAUGUACAGACGCUUGUGACGGCGGCAGCGGAGACACUGCAGGGGGUAGAUUUGUCUAUACUGGUGGUAGACUCGGUGAAGCGACUCGAUGAGUCGGCUUUGCAUGCGCUGGAAAAGGUUCUGACGACAUCAGCGCAAGUGUGCUCGCCGACAAUGCUCGUAAUGAACAAGGUUGACCUCGUUGGGCAGCGGGAGAGAAUGAACUUAGAGAUGAAAGUGAAGGAGGUGUCGCAGAUGAUAGAAGAAAUCUACGAGAAACACUACGACGCCGACGGAGCGUCUUUGUCGAUCGACCCACUCGCUUACAUUGGUGAGAACAGUAUCAAGGUCUCGGCGCUGAAGGGCAUAGGGAUGGAUCGCUUGCGAAAGACCCUGCUUUCGCUGGCGGUUGAUCGCCCUUGGAGUUACCACUCGUCCAUGCAUUCCGAUCUGUCGGAUUUGGACUUGGUGACUGAGAUCAUUCGCGAGAAGCUCUUUUGCCGGUUCAAUAAGGAACUGCCGUAUACAUUUGAGCAGGAAAACGUCGGCUGGACCAAGUUCAAGGACAAGAGCGUCCGCAUUGACCAAGACAUUUUUGUACCUGCUGCUCGCAUUCGCAAGAUGGUAGUCGGACAAAAUGGCAAUACCAUCCGCUCGGUGGGCAUGGCGGCGCGGGACGAGAUUGAGCAGCUACUGAAGUGCCACGUGCAUUUGUAUCUGAACGUCCGCAUCCGCUAG